AUGUCUUAUUACGAUAAUCAGCAAUGGUCUGCCUCCGGGCAACCUUCUUGGGAGCAACAAACCCCACCUGCUCGCUCUGGCGCCAGCUCAGUCGUUCCGCGUGAGGACUCCACUGCUUUCAGCACACAAAUCGAGGAGGUCGACCGUGCCAUUGACAAUCUAGUCAAGAGUGGGAAAAUGUUCAACCUACCAGCGGGUGGUCGUCGUGAUUCCAUGCCAAUGGUUGGUCCUUCGAGAACCUUUCCGGAACAAUUCGAUCCUCGAAUGACUGCUGGUCCUCCACGACACCAUUCGGUUAGCGAUUUCGGUGAUGCUCGGUCCUUCUCGGGAUCCAAUCUUCAGAAUUUCUAUGCCAACCAGCGACACCAACCAUCGAGAGGCGCAAAUGAAGCCGAACAAGUGAUGCAGGCGAAGAGGAGAAUGGCGGCUCAACGUGAGAGAGAAUUGCGCAACUAUCAUCAAGAGCAGCAAUAUAAUCGAAGCGUUACAGCUGAAAUCUUGGGAGGCAAACCAGACCGUAUCGCAAGCCCAGGUAGCGGUAUGAGCGAGGAAGAACGUCGUGAGUUGAUUGCCCGUCAGCGAAGUGCUCUCUAUGGGGAAGGUCCAGCCUUCAAUGCCGAAAAUGGCAGUUUCGAUGAAAAUGGUACCCCGCGCCCAACCAAUCAGGGGUCCACCUCGCAAACCCUUAAUGCUGCACCAGGUGCUAUUAGAGGACACUCGCCUCUUGCCUUUGAGCACUUCAAUUCUCAAGCUAGCCAGGCGGAAAACUCAAAUCAGCAAAAUGCUCCCGAGUCUCAAUCUGCCGCAACAGCACAGGCUCCAGGUCAACAACGAUCUCGUGCUAACAGCACAUCCUCCCCAUCGUCCAACCCUACCAGCUUUAGUCUAUUCGAAUCUGCUGCUCAACAGUCCAGUCGGACUUCGACUUCCUCCCCCGGUGGAUCCCCACCACGCCAAGGAGGAAAGGCUCCCGCUAGCGGCGUGGCUCCAAUUGGCACUAGACCUAGUGGUCAAGCUGCUAAUCCAGCUUUAAAUAAGCGAUCCACUACCCCUUUGCCAUCUCCACUAAGCUAUGGCUUUGCUGCUAAUGAUUCAACUACUGAAUCUAAGGAUGCAAGAACGACUUCCGCGGCGUCAAACCCCAACCCGCAAGGACAGACUGAAAGUGGAUUAGGCUGGGGAUCUAAGAGCGGUGUUUGGGGUAACAAGAAUCUUGGUGUACAGGCUUCGGUAUGGGGAUAA